CACCACCUCUAUGAAGACCGCUCCAGCUUGCGGAGGGGCGGGCAUGCUCUAGGAACUACAACUCCCAGCAGGCAGCGCGGGUCUUCACCGCCCCGCGUUCGGAGGAAGCCGAGCGCGCGCUGGUCCAGGCGUUCACGCGGGAGAGUUGUAUGGGCCGCUGGGGAGCCGAUGCGUCCGGCGGCGGCGGGGCGGGCCCUGGCAGCGCUACCGUUCCGUGAUAAUGGAGUCUCUCAGUUCCACUAAGGCUCAAAAGUGUGAAUCAAGAACACGGGAUGAAAGUGAAGAUGACAUUGAGUUUAUCUCUGAAGGGCCUUUGAGACCAGUGCUUGACUGCAUCAACCUUAUCAGCAGUGAUGAUGAAGAACCUAGCAGCAGCUCUAAUGUUCAUAGGAAUGUAAAGCGAAAAGACCACAUUGACUAUCAGAAGGAAAGGGUUACUUCAACUCUAGAUCGCUUAGCACGCCAUGUGGAGGUGGAGAAACAACAAAAAGAAGAGAAAAACAAAGCUUUCAAGGAAAAAGUAGAUUCACAGCAUGCUCAUGGAUUGCAAGAGCUGGAAUUUAUCCGAGGACAUAGCAACACAGAAGCAGCAAGAUAUUGUGUGGACCAGUGGCUUAAAAUGCCAGGUCUCAAACCAGGCACCAUUAACACAGGAAGAAAAGCUGUAACCCACAAAACUGGCCAAACACCAAUCAACAGCAGUCCCAUUUUAUGUCCUGUAAUGCACUGCAACAGGAAGUUUGAUAAUGGUCAUCUUCUGUUAGGUCAUCUGAAAAGGUUUGAUCAUUCUCCAUGUGACCCAGCAAUUACACUGCAUGGACCUCCAACCAAUAUUGUUACCUGUGUGGUAUGCUGUGAAAAAUUUGCCACCUCACAGCAGUAUACUGCCCACCUUUUAUCUAAGAUAGAUGAAAACGAUGGGCAUACAAGAAACCUUCCUCCACAGCUUAUUCAGUGCUUUGCAUGUCCGUACUGCUUCCUUCUUUUCAGCAUAAGAGAUGAAUGCCUGCAGCAUAUGUCCCAAAAGAAUCACUUCCUUCAGGUUUUUAGAUUGAGUGAUGAAACUGGGACCCCACUUCCUUUAUCCUUCCCAUCUUAUGCAAAGAAACUUCUGAUAGCUUUAUGUAAAGAGGUCCCAUUCCAAGUGAAGUGCACAUCUUGCCAUCAAAAGCUACAUUCACAUAUGGAGCUAACAGCUCACUUCAGAACUCGUUGUCGUAAUGCUGGUCCUGUAUCCCUGUCAGAAAAGACCAUUUCCCAGGUUGCAGAAAUAUUUAAAGCAAGAGCUCACUGUCAAAACUGUGAUAAGCUCUUUGUAGAUGAAAACCAGAUCAAUCAGCAUAGCGAUGCGACUCAGCACAAAGUUAAAAAUAUUACCACAAUGGAAAAGUCCAUCUUGAUGUUUUGCCAUAUUAAUGAAAUAAAUAAAAACCCAUCUCAUUGGAGGCAGAUUAUAAAUCAGUCAAGAUCUUCACUCCUUAAGAGACCAUUGGCUGUGAGUGAGCCUGUCUCUGAAAAUGAGUCUACCAUUUCAAAACGGAAAAAGGAUUUAGAAGAAAAAAAUCAAGAGGCUGGAGUAAGCCUAUGUCAAGGCAAUAUAGGUAAAAUAAAGGUCUGGUUUUGUGAAUGCCUUCUGAAGUUUUCUACUGAAGAGUCAGUUGAAAAGCACAUUUUGGCAGCAAAUAGAAUCUGUCACAAAUGUGCAGUGUGUGGGAAGCUUGCUGAAAACUCAAGCAUCAUCCGUCUGCAUAUGAGUCGGUUCCAUGGAGGGGCACAUUUAACUAACUUUAUUUUCUGGUGUCGGGCAUGCAAUACAGACUUACUGAGAGAAGAGAACGUUAUGGCACAUGUUACUGAACUUCAUGGUGGACAUUCUUACUAUUAUGAGCAGGAAGUUCUAGAAGACGAACCUAUGGCAUCUUCUUCUGAUGCACUGAGCAAUAUUGCCAUUAAAUCGAAAGAGCAUCUUCCUAGCCCUGUGGAUCAGUCCCUUGCGAGAAGUCCUGUUUCAGGAAAAUGGCAAUGCUGCAUUUGUGAGGAAAUGUUUGAGUCUGAAGACAGUGUUAAACAACAUUGUAUGUCUUUAGGAAGCCAUCAGUUUCAUAGGUAUUGCUGUGGCUUGUGCAAAAAGCAUUUUCACAAAGCAGAAACACUAUACCGACACUGCCAAGAGCAGCAUAACGAUGAGAUACAGGUAAAAUAUUUUUGUGGUCUUUGCGGUGAUCUCUUUUUUGAUGUUGAGGAGGAAUUUCUAAUGCACUAUCGUGGUUUCCAUAGUGGUGAUUACAUGUUUGUGUCUGAAGAGUCAAUAAAAAAUAAAGACAACCUUGUACUAUUAGAAAAAGGUGACUUUCUAAACUGUGGUUGCCGGGAAGAGUACAUUUCCAGAGUGAACCGAAAGGAAGAUCACAGAAAUUGUCAGAAAACCCUUCUGGAAAAAGGAAAUCUAUGGUUUCGCUGCUGUUUCUGUUCAGCAACAGCACAGAAUUUCACUGACUUGUAUGAUCAUCUCUGCAAAAGUCACUCCUCAAGGAAAAGCCAUGAAGAGAUGUAUGUUGUGAGGUGUGGUGCAUGCAACAAAAAUUUCCAUGAUAUUCUGAGUGCCCAUCAGCACUAUCAUGAUAAACACUGCUUCUUGCAAAAACCUAAUAUAACACGUUUCGGAUCUGAAUCAGAAAGCAAAGUCUUCAACUUCUCAGCUAGUGGUGCUUGCACAGACAAGAAGUCUGAUAAACUAAAGUUUCCAGCCAAUGUAAUGAAUGUUGAAAAAAUGUCAGAAUCUCCUCUAAAGAGAGAAGAUGGUAGAAAGAAAGAAGAAGGUGAGAAUAAAGCGUAUUCUGAAGGGCAUGGUUGUGAAGGGCCUGUGCAGCGUGGAGGAGGAAGUCACAUGAAUCAAAUGCAAAGGAGACAAGAGCUGGAUCUGAGGAUGAGAAGUUGUAAGAGAGAUGAGAAGACUGAUAUUGGAGUCAGGGAGGAAAAUAGAGGGAUAGUUGAAGACAGUGAACUGCCAGAUUUUGACUAUCUGCGCACCAUGACUCACAUAGUGCUGGUGGACUUAGACAACUGGGGAAGGUUUUUCAUUCAUCUGCCAGCCAACUUGAACCAAGGGACAUUUGUGUGGGGCUUUCAAGGAGGACACAGCAAUUGGAAACCUCCACAAGAGUGCAAAAUCUUUAAUUAUCUUAAUAAGAUCGGAUGUUUUUUCCUUCAUCCACGUUGUGGUACCAGAAGAGAAGCAGCAGACUUUGCACUCUGUAUGCAUGCUGGCCGUCUGGAUGAGCAUCUACCCAAACAAAUUCCUUUCACCAUUCUCUCUGGAGACAAAAGCUUUCUGGAACUGGAGGAUCAGUUUAAGAAGACUCAGCGGACAGCUCACAUCCUAAACCCUCAUGAUAUUGAUGGAGAUAUGAUGUGUGCCUUACUAAACAGCAUUUCAGAUACUACAAAAGAGGAAGAUGUGGAAUUACAAGAAGCUAUCAAACGAAGCCUAGAGGAAAUGUAAAUGAAGCUACUCCUGUAUGCUAAUAACAUUCUAUCAAAGCUGCUUACAGAAGAGGAAAUUUUUUCAUCCAUUAACAAAGGGUCAGAAAAUGCUGCUUGCAAAAUUUGUUUAUUCCUUUAAUUAUUAAACUUGUAACCUAGUAUGUUGUUGAUAGCGCAACUAAAUUGACUAAUGAAUCUUAUGAAUCUGUCACAACAUACUGUAUAUAAGAGAGGAAAAUAAUUAAAAGCCUUACAUUCCUUUUCUUAUGAUUCAUGAUUGACUUCAAAGUCAGCUCUUGCUCUAAUCUAGUCCUAUAAAUUAAGAUAGGUUGAUCUUAUAAAUGUUGUGGUAUGUCUUUAAAGGGUCUUUCAUUUAAUUUUUCCAUUGUAAAAAUGUCAUUGUCUCAUUUUACUUUUUCAGUGUAUUCUUUGCAACAGAUAAAAAUAGUAAACCUCAGUUAAUUUCAGAUCACCUUGCCUUACUCAUCAUUUUAUAAAGGAAGCUUAGUUCCCAGGCCUGCAAAUUAUGAUUCAUGGGUUCACCCCUAUGCCUGCACAAAGCUUCACUCCACAUGAGGGCAGAGGAAUGCCCACAUGUUGUAAAUUACAGGUUCAGUGACUUGGAAUGUACAGUUGUUUACUGCUAUCUUUACUUUUAUUUUUUAUAAAUGUGCAUAUUUUAAUUUGAAUGUGAGAACUUGUUAUGAUAGUUGGUUUAAAAAUCUAAUCAGCUGUAUUCCCGGUCUUGUUUAAGACUGAAGCGAAGUUUGUAAAUAAAAACACUGAAGCAAAAAUUGCUUGCAAAAUCCCUUUUUCUUUGAGGUAUAAGUGAAAUAAUUUAAGCAGGCAAGUCCUUCUUGUAUUCCAUCCUCCUUAUACUAUGCAUUUUUUUUGUUUCAAUGC